CUCCUUGUGUGUACGAUACAAAAACAACUGCAAACGAGAAAUUGCUUGUGAUCGUGUGCAAUCUCCUCGUGGCAUCGAUCUCGCUUUUGUGCGUUUGUUUCAUUACAGUGAAACUUUUCUUCCCGCUACCCAUUCUACCCAUAAGAAAAGUUUCAAGUAGGAGUUAUGCCACUCUUGAUGCACACUUAGACCACGCUUGUCUGUUCUCAAAUGAUCUUUUUCGACGUACACGCGCGUUGUUAAAAAGAAGUCUUCUACUACUUAGACAUUUCUCAACCAUGAAUCACUUACUGCACACGGUGCGCGACUACAGCACCCUGAAACCAGGCGACCACGUUUACGUAUGGGGUCCCCUCGCGCUGCACCAGCACCACGGCAUCGUAACCGAAAUUCUUGAGGCCGGCUCUUUUCAGGACGAGGAGGACGAGGCGUUCCAAGCCGAGCUGUGCGAUCGCAUACUGGUCACGCACUUCUUCCCCCUGGACCACGCCAAAGAACAAGUUUCCGAGGACAACCACGUUGGCGAAGUUGACCAUGAAAGCGCGACUAGUGCGAGCUCCAUUCCCGUGGAGUCGCGGACCCCAACUCCGGACGCGACGCCGAGUGGACCAACGUCGGCGCCGACCGCAUCGGCGUCCCUGCCGGAGCUAGGGCGCAAACUUUUCAUGGACGCGUCCUUCGCUAUCCUGUCCGGCAAGCGGCGUGACGCACUCGCUUCGGUGCACCAAGUGACCCUCAGGGACUUCUGUAAUGGAAGAGUGCUGAAGAAGGCGAAGUACGCGGCGCAACCAUGGGAGCUGUUAGUGAAGCGAAGUGGUAUUCGAUUUUUUUGUGUAAGCUGCUGCGCUCGAUGAAUCUUUUUCAUGGACCGAAAACCAAUCCAGUACUGACGAAGAACACGACCAUCUUCACAGAACGUCGUAAAGUAAUCCCAUAAAAAUAUCCGAGUGUCCGAUGUUUGUGUGUGUAUGAUGAUUGCACAGCAAGCAGAGCGAGCUACUGCGUAAAACUGCCCUUUUCUUCACCAGGUACGUGUUACGCAGAGGCUGCGGACACGGACGAAGAGACGCUGGUACGGGCCGCCUGCCUCCGCCAAGCGCGGCAAGAGCGUCCAUACGAUUUCAACACGUUGCUGCAUGCGAACUGCGAGCACAUGGCAUUCUGGUGCAAGACGGGAAUUUGGCGCAGCAGUCAAACCGCGUUUUUCGUCUGGGUGGAGCAAUUGGUCAUCCAGGCGACUCGAAGUGGGUCGCGGAGCACAUCAGUAGUCGGCCGGAAUAGUGAGGGCCAGCAGGGUCGUGCGGAGGCGAACACGAACGAAACGCAGCCGCAAGAAAACCCAUCUGUACCCGCAGUUUCCGUGCACAAUGCUCAUUCCGGUCAGGGUUCCGCACCAUCUGAAGACGAGACAGCCGUACCGUCAACCGAACGGGAGGAUGAGACCGCGACAACAGAUGCGGGGAAUGACAGUUCCGCAGUAGAAAUUCCGUUGUCGGCGCGAAAGAUUAAUAUUUCUGAGCAAGAAGGCCCAAUGAGCGGCCCCGCGCACACAACCCAGAGCGUUAGCAGCCAAGGAGAUAACCUAAUUGCAUCGCAUACCUUUGUCCCAGCGGGCGACAACUCGAGUCGAGCGGCAGAAAACGGCGUUACGGUUCCAAACGGCAGUCACUACACGCGUGCGGUUGUCGAAGCAACUGCACAAGCAGAGGGCCUUCCAAACAUGGACGUGCUCGCCAAUGCGCAACAGAGUGAUCUCUUGGACGAAAUCGCGCUGGACGAUGAGGAGUACGUGCUUGUGCGGGACGAAGAAUGAGCCAAGUGUCGGCUACCAGGCUUAGCAGGCACGGUGACAUGAAUACUUCGUAUAAAAAUGAACAGGAACAAGCACCUCUCAGUGAUUCGUGUGUGACCUGCUGCACUGGUUUCGAUUGCACUAGGCACUAAGAAUAAACGCAAGACAACGUCGAAAGCACAAACUAAAAUUCACCCAUGAGUGACUAUGCGGUUCUUGUUCUGCAGAAAUGGAAGAUCCUUUAGAAUGAGCGUCGAAUGCCUGCUCGAAUCUUCAAUGAACGAAAAAAAUGAAUGAUCCCUCUGAAAAUGAUGCUG